GCACGCACUGACAUCAUGGACUACACAGGUCGCUUUCCACGUGACCUCAUCUCGACUCCGGAGAUGAAGGAGGAUUUGGAGGGUAAGGUUCGUGAGGCAUUUGUUGACGUUCGGCCGAUUGGCGGUCAUACGAAAGCAAUAAUUUGCGAAUCUCGAGUUAUGGGCACUUUUCAUUUUUUUUUAGUUGAGGUCUUCAAAAAACCCCAUAAGACCUCCUUCAAUUCGCGCAAGCCUCACAUUCAACUGGGGAAUGGUGAGGAGACUCUCAACAAGACCUCGAAAUCCCGGUCCAUCAAAAUGGAUGUCUAUACACGCCUUCUGCUUUCCACUCUCUACCACGAUCAGGAGUAUAUCAACACUCUCGUGCGCCGUCUACGUUAUGCCACUUUUGUCUACCCUUCCGAUCUCCUUAACGAUACAACCUGUGAAAUCGUUUCCUCGCGCCAUGGUUGGCGUAGCACCUCACAAAAGAGGGGCUCUGUCUUUGUUGGUGGAAGUGGUGAAGGAGAGCGAAAAUUUGCCGUCUUUAAGGUCCCACACUUACCGCACCCCCCUCGAAACAUGAGUGCGGGUACUUUGAUGGCAGGUGGAUUGUGGAAACGCAACACCUUGGAAGCAGGAGAAAAGGGAAGGCGGUGGCGACGAGAACAGAAGGCAUCUCAGAAGAUGGCGAGGAAGAAUUCCGUUUCGACGCUAUCCGUGUUUAGUGGAAGGGAAAAGAGUGGCAGUAUGAGUGCAUUUGAAAGGCACUCAUUUGUGGGCAUUGAACACCUCACUGCAAGAAUGGAUGUGGCGACAACGAGGAAGCGUGGAGCUGCAGGGGAGGAGGAUGGUCGCAUCUCAAGGCAUCCAUCCAAUGUCUCCGAAUGUGUCACGAAGUCCUCUUCGGAUGACGACGUAGUGUUCGACUCGGUCUCCUCGUCGCCCAGUCUUGGCGGUACCGGUGGUGGGGGCGUUCGACGAACCUCCAGUCUCUCCUCCCUGGUCGCAUGUACGGAAGACCUGUUCAGUCAAUACUUUCCUUCCUCCUCUUCACCUUCCCAAUGA